CAAUCAUUUUAGCGAAAAAAAAAAAAAAAAAGCUCAAUAGAGAGAAAUAGAGUAAAGAAGAACAAUCAUUUCAAAAGCAAAGCAUUUGUCAUUUUCUCCUGCUUCCUCACCUAUCAUCCAAACCAAAAGCAAACACUACUCUCCUUUCCCCCGAUGGACGUCGUUUAAUAUCUCAGUGAGACAUAUCUCCAACAUCAUCGACCAGCAAUUACACAGGAAAAUGCAAGAUCCACGCAACCAGGUUCCACCUUCUCCCACAAUCUCCUCCGUCUCUUCCUCCGAUCUUGAUACAGAGUCGACAGGAUCCUUCUUCCAUGACAGAAGCAUCACACUUGGAACGCUUAUGGGGUUUAGUUUCACAGCAACCAUGCCGAUGAUGCCAUUCAGAGCUUCUUCUCACCGCCACGUGUCUCCCUCCAUCUCAAUCUCACGUGCCACCAGCUCCAACGCAACAAGACGCAACCUGAGGAAGCGUCCUCAUCCGAACUCGGCUGAGCGGCAUCGCCGUCGCAAGUGGUGGCGCUUUUGCCGAGACGACGACGACGACGCCGGAAACGGGAUGCACCGUGGGUCCGGAGAAUGCAGACGGUCAUCGCUCGGAGAGUAUUUGGAGGUGGAAAGGAGGUCUGGAGAAGAAGCUGUAUAUGGCUCCGCCGAGGCGGAGCUAGAGGGUGCGGUGGCGCGUUAUAGGGAACAGCAGCCGGCGGUGGCGGAAAGAGCGUUGUUCGCUGACGGGAGGGUUCUUCCUCCGGCUUCAGCUGAGGUUGUUAGCGGAGAAGGUACGCCGGCGGUUACGGCACUUUGUAGAUUCCCGGUUUCCUUAACCGGUAUAUGCAGCGGAGGCGGAGGAUAGAUUCGUAUAUUUUAAUAUUAUGUAUUCAAUAUUCAAAUAUUUUUUAGAAUCGUAAUCAUUAGUCUGCGGGGAAAAAAUGGGAUGCAGUCCAAUAACAUCAACAAAGAAAAACAGCAACAAAGAGCCGAAUGAUUAUUCAGAAAUAAUGAUUGAUAAGGGAGAGAAUAAAAGUAAUUUGUGGUGAA